AUGGCUGGUAGCCGCGGAGCGACAGGAGAAAGGUGAUGGGAAUGCACGGAGCGGGCGCGGCGACGAUCUGACCAUCGUGGAUCGUAAUGGAAGGAAUCGUCUCGAAGAGAGCGAAGGUGUUGGCUUGAUUUCAAUUCACGACAACGGGGGCCAUAUCUCGUCAGCGUGAACCGCGGGCGCGACCACGCGAGUCGCGCGCACCAGCAAGAGUAGAUCUGUAAGUCAGACGAAGGUGGUGGUAAGAAGCUGGCAGUUCAACUGCUAUAUGGAUGUUGUCUCUAAGCGACUGCGACUGCGACUGCGGCCUCGUCUAGGGGGGAGCGCCACGGCUCGAGCUCGACGGACCAUCAGCAGCGCGUCUGGUACAAUAGGUCAGUAUAGCGUACCCUGCGUGCCCCGCGCGCGCACUCCGCAUAGCACGCGUCCCCCGGCAUUUAGACAGUCACGUGAGUGCGCUCCGACUCGAGCACUUUACUCGCGACUCGCGCAGAGUGCGCUGACGCCCUGCGGGUUCUCAAGUCCCGCAGAGUGGGCUGAUGCCCUGCGCCUUCGAGUUAGUUCCGCAGAGCGCUCUGACGCCCUGCGGAUUCGAGACCCGCAGAGCAGUCCCGCAGAGUCCUCUGAUGCUUUGCCCUCGCAAGUCCCGCAGGGUGGUCUGAUGCCCUGCGGGACUGGAUCGUGGAUGCGCUGCGCAUUCAGUCGCGCAGAGUUCUCUGAUGCUUUGCCCUCGCAAGUCCCGCAGAGUCCUCUGACGCCAUGCGGAUUUGAGUCCCGCAGAGUGGUCUCGCAGAGUGCUCUGAUGCUCUGCGGGUUUGAAACGCGCAGAGUUCUCUGCCGCCCUGCGGGUUCUCGAUUUCCGUAG